AUGGAUGGCCCCAUUGCGUCUGCUGUAGUCCUACCGGAUGAUCUCUCCGUCCCAGCCUCGCCUGUAAACAGCCACAAGAGGCGACAGUCAUCGAUAUCUGAAGAAAAUGCGAAGAGGCCGAGACUCAAUGAUGAUGGCGCGCCUACCGAACGCCGAGGAUCGAGCAAUGGGACUAAACCAGCUGCUACAGUGCGCCGUGAGAGAGGGAGAGAGCGUAGACUAUUCGGCGCUGUCCUAGGUGCACUCUCACAGAAUCCUACUACUUCAGCACAGAAACGCCGCUCUGAGAUCGAAAAGAGACAACUAGCUCGACGCCAGUUGGAAGCCGAAGAGGGCGAACAGAGGAAGGCAGAGUGUGUGGCCGGGCGCAAAGUGCAACGAUGGAAGGAGCAGAAACAUUUCGAAAAAGACUCAAUGCGGGCACGGCACGAGAACCUUCUUAGCAUGGCACACUUCCUCCAGACUGAAGCUGAACCUCACCUGUACUACAAGCCCUGGGAGACCAAUCCUGACGAAGACGAACGCAUUCGAGACCAAAUUGCCGAAGCCCACGAGGUUAUCGAACGAGAAGUCGAGGAAUACGAGGCUCGCCAGCGGCAAGAAGCUCAGCGUGAACGACACGCUUCUGGUAAUGAGGAGGUCAGCCGUGAUGCAGCAGGUUCCCAUACUGGUAAGAACUAUAAUGCACACGCGCCUCCAGAGCUCCCCACCACCAAUGGCGGAACUAAUAGCAGCGCCGACUCUCCCAAGGACCGGUACACGAGAGACGAUCAUACAGAGGAUCCCAGGAAUGAGGCGGUGAGAGACGCAGCCAUUACUGAAGACGUGGUUGAUACCGGCAUACCAGGCCGUGAGACUACCGCUGACGAGCUUAGCAAGGAGCACGACGAUGAUAACGGCGAAGAUGUUGUCGAGGAAGCGGCGGAGGAUACCGUUAUUUACUGA